AUGGCCUCGCACCCCCGGCCCCUCAGAGCCCAGCCCUCCUUCCCUCUGGCCGAGCUGAAGCAGGAGUGCCUGGCCCGCGGCCUGGAGGCGAAGGGCAACAAGCAGGAUCUGAUCAACCGCCUCCAGGCGUACCUGGAGGAGCACGCUGAAGAAGAAGCAAAUGAAGAAGAUGUUCUGGGAGAAGAAAUAGAGGAAGAAGAGCAGAAGCCGGUAGAGCCGCCUGUCAAAGUAGAAGAGCCUCCCGUAAAAUCGCCUGACGUGAUUACGGAAAAGAAGGUAGUGAAAAUAACAUCAGAAAUAUCACAGAUGGAGCGAAUGCAGAAGAGGGCCGAGCGCUUCAACGUGCCCGUGAGCCUGGAGAGCAAGAAGGCAGCGCGGGCGGCUCGGUUUGGUUUGGCCACAGUUUCGACUAAAGGCCUCUCUGCAGACAGCAAACCCACGGUAAACAUGGAUAAAUUAAAGGAAAGGGCUCAAAGAUUUGGGCUGAACGUCUCCUCGCUCUCCAAGAAGAGUGAAGAAGAUGAGAAACUGAAGAAGAGGAAGGAGCGGUUUGGCAUUGUAACGAGUUCAGCCGGAGCUGGAGCUACAGAGGACACAGAGGCAAAGAAGAGGAAAAGAGCAGAACGCUUUGGGAUCGUCUGAUGCCGGUCCUUUUUCGCUUCAGCCCAUUUGCAGUGUGCCUCUCGAGUGCGUGCAUACUCUUUCUCUCUCUUUCCCCCACUUUCUCUCACUCCCGCACUGUUUCUCUAGGUUUUAGUGAUGAGUAGACAGGGAAUCCCC